GGAUGGACUGAAAAUUGAUCUUGGCUGUAAAAACUAAUUGUGCAAGAUCAAGAUGACAGAGUAUGUAUAGCACUGAGUUUACCUAACUGCUAAUUGCAGCUGCCUGCGUGUUUAUCAUACCUUAGCUAAUACCUUAGUAUGGACUGUGCACAGUCUGCACAGAUGUCAGCUCAGACUGGUUGGCAAGCAUCAACUAUUGCACUCACCAGAGGUAGCUUUGCAACACAGUGCCUGCAGAGCUUCGUAUCCAAGAUGGGAAUCGACAUUCAAGUCGAGUAUUGGGAGUACUCUGGAGCGCAAGGUAUCUCCAAGGUGGACGAAUGGACGAUCACUGCAAAAAAUGCAUCACUUGAGCAAACCCUAAAGUCUAACAAUCUCCUUGCUAAGAAGUUCCGUGAGUUAUCGAAGGACUUCACUGUACGAUGCUAUGCUGGAGACAUAGAGGGCAAAGAGAUUGAUAUAUCCCAGAAACCAGAUGAGAUUGAGUAUGUCAUUGAUGCAGUGAGGAGCAGCUGCAAGCCAGUGAUUAUUCUCUGCAAAGAGCCAUUGCAAAAUGAGAAGAGGAGCUCGGAUGAUGACACUGAUGAACAGGAGAUGGUGGGCUACACUGGGCGCACAGCCAGUGGUAUGGUCAAAAAGAUGCUCAACCUUCGUUCUCGUAGCAACUCGACCGUUUCUGGUUCGGACGAAGACCACUCUCCCAUGAUGAUGAACGGGUCUCUCACACCAGUAAUGGGCACACCCGUCCACUCCAGUAAGUCAACCCUCAAGCAGUCACGGUCCCUGACCAGGAUCAACAAACUGAGAGUGCACUCUGAGAUGUAUCCUCAUAGCGAUGAGCUGGUGAUGUCCAACGAGAAUGUGCAGCUGGGGAGUGAAGGUGAAGAGGUUGGUAGUGACACAGAGUCGACCUGCUCCUCACACAACUCCUCUGCUGCCUCAGGUGGUAGCGAGACUCAUGAGGAGACCACCUCCCCUAAUUCCAUUCGCCAAGAGACGAUCUACAGGGAACCAAAGGUACACCCUCUUCCAUACGAUCACAAAGACAAGUACAGAACGCUUCAGCUUAAGCCAAGAGGAGGCAAGGACAGGUUUUCUAAGAGGAAGUGGCAAUUUGGGAGACGAAAGAGUAGACCAGAGACGACCCUUGAUAUCAGUGCUCCAUCUCUUCCAGGCCCUGUCGUCGUGGGCGAUAGCUCACCGUGCAAGAUUACUCGUCAACGACCGUCCGCUAUGAGGGGCAAGAGAAAAAGCAAGGAGAUGAUUCAAGCCACUAUUCCCGAGUGCUCCUACUCAUUUGAAAUCACCUCUGUAAACGUGAUAUUUCGAGGGGGCUCCAAGAUGGCGGUGUCAUGCAGAGAAUUCAAUACAAUUAUGGAACUGAAAGGAGCCAUUGCCAAGCAACUCAAUGAGGCCAAUCCUGAUCGAUACACUCCAUGGAAACACAGUGACCUGGUUCUCAGCUACAAGAGCAGUGAGGGGAAGCCCUAUGAAUUAUUCAGUGACUGGCAAUUCAUUUUUUCCACAGCCCUGUACCAGAUAUGGAUCAAGGAGAAUGGAAUGGAGACGCCUAUCCAUGUGGAGGUAAUGUGUCGAGGGAAGGAGGAGGACCUGAGGGUCAUUCAUCGGAUCAGCAACCUCGUGGGGGUGCUUCUGGACGAGCAGGUCAAGUCCCUCACUGGUGUCGAUGUGGGCUCUCUCAGGAAGGUCUCCAGUUCAGACAGGAAGGAGGCACAGUGGUCCCGCCGUACUCUACACGACUAUGUUACCAGUGUGACUAAGAGUAGAAACACAGAGGAGUACUCUCUCUCAAUGGAGCUGGUCUCUGCCAGCACAUCCACCAUCUUGGCUCUCAAGAUACCCAUAGACAGCAAGAUACAGAUUGUUUUCCAUUACAAACAAUGUUUCUCCCUCGUGAAGCAAAUCAAAGUCCAAAGAAUUGCAGACAGUGUUCUGAGAGAAGUGUUCCCCUGUAUAGUCGCUUGUGGUCUCGUGGAAAACAGGAUUGAGGCGUACACGAUGCAGAUCAGCGGAGAGAAGAGUUACAUCGCCGGAAACUACGAGUUGAUUGCAUUCAAGGACAUUCGAAGGUGUAUCACUAAGGCUGAGCCUGUUCAUAUCUCCAUCACUGAGAAGCCACGCCCAGAGGCAGACCGCCCCUCACAUCUCAACUGGUUGUCCAUAGACCCCCUGAGUGGAGUGCCCCCCCUACACACGGACAUUACACGCACCAUUCGACGUGACUCUGAGAUUCAGGCACUCUCCAUGUGGGACAGAGAGGAAGAGUUCACUUUAUCGAUAAUGGAGGCCACUAAUCUGCCCCUAGUGCAGAGCCGGGUGUUGCAAGCGGUUGUCGAGGCUACUCUAUACCAUGGAGAGAAACAGCUGUGUCCUACCGUUACCACGACAGCAAAGGUCGUUGACCUCUCCGUCAAAUGGGGGGAAACACUCGUCUUCAAAAUUGCCAAGAAGAAUAUUCCGAAAUCUGCAAAGAUAUUGAUUCAGAUCAGCGAGCCUUAUCUAAGAAGAGAAUCUACUUCCAAUCGGCGUAGCUCGAAAUUCAUCUACUGGGGACUGUGCACUGUCUUUGAUCAUGAACGUAUGAUGUACAAUGGAGAGAAGAUCAUGUCCCUGUGGAAAGGCAAAAAAGAUGAAAAGAAAGAUGAGCGCAAAGACAAACUGUUUGACAACUUCCAUGAGCUGAACCCAUCUGGCCCCGCCCUAAACAACAGCUGUCCAAAAGCCGUCAAACUGAAGAUCAAGUUUGAAGAGUUUGGCUAUCCGAUGUACUUCCCCAGUUGUCUCCCCGAGAGCUGGUCCAUGCUACUGCAAAGUCACCAAGAGGACGGCACAGCUGUGAGGAAACAGUAUCAGAAGCUGGUGGAGUUCAUUAGGAAUGGCAAACUACACAGUGCACUCCCCACGUAUGUACUCCGUGCCAACUGGGGCAAACUGAACGAGAGUCUCGAGGUGUACUCCAUGCUCACACAGAUAGAAGACACCGAGGGAUUCCCUGAGGAGAUUGCUUUGAAGCUGCUCGACUGUGACUUCCCGGACGAAAAUAUCCGUGGCUACGCGACCAAAGUCCUGAGGCAGCUGCCAGACGAGAGGUUGGAGGAUUUCCUGUUACAGCUGACACAGGCUCUCAAGUUUGAGCUUCACCACGACAGUGAUUUGGCACGUUUCCUUCUCGACCGAGCUCUGAGGAACAAACGUAUCGGGCACUUCUUCUUCUGGUAUCUCAAGUGUGAGAUGUACAAUCUCCAGUACAUGACUCGAUUCGGGGUGAUCCUGGAGGCCUACUUGAAGGGCUGUGGGGAGGCCAUGCUGAGGCAGUUUGAGCAUCAGGUGGAGAUGCAGACCACACUGGAGGAGAUUGCCUCUGUGCUGAAGCAGAAAUGCAGUGAUGACCACACCAAGAUGCAAGCCAUGCUGCCAGAGAUGUUGGAGAGUUAUGGAGUGCCGCAUUUCGAGGUGACACCUGUCUACAACCCAAGGAUCAGUCUGGGUAGCCUCCGACCUACCAAGUGCAAGAUCAUGGCAUCGAAAAAAAAGCCGCAGUGGCUGGAGAUGUACAACAUUGACCCGACCGCACUCACCCAGACUCCCACCAGACUCAUUGUCAAGCUAGGCGACGACCUCAGGCAAGACAUGAUCACUCUCAGAAUGUUCUCACUCUUUGAAAAGCUGUGGGAGGAGGAUGGGCUCGACCUUGCUCUCAUUCCUUAUGGCUGCAUAGCAACCGGACCGAACUCAGGGUUCAUAGAGGUCGUCAAGAAUGCUCGUACCAUUGCAGAGGUUUCUGGAGUGAACAACCAGACAAAGCUGCUGGACUGGAUCAAGAGCCACCAGAAGAAUGAGUUCGAUGAGACGGACCCGGACCAGGUGAAGGAGGCGGUGCGAACUUUUGUCCACUCUUGUGCCGGCUACUCGGUGGCUACCUACGUCCUGGGUAUUGGAGAUAGACACAACGACAACAUCAUGAUCACACGCAAAGGCAACUUGUUCCAUAUUGACUUUGGCCAUUUCCUUGGCAACAUUAAGUACAUAAUGGGCUUCAAGAGAGAGUGGGCGCCAUUUGUCCUCACUCCUGACUUUGUGUAUGUCAUGGGCGGUGAGGAAAGUGCUACGUUUGAGACCUUCAAGAAUCUUUGUUGUCGGGCGUUCCUAACUCUGAGGAGACAUGCUGAGUUGAUUAUCAACCUCUUCUCGCUGAUGCGCUGUACCGGGAUCCCCGAGCUAACGUGUGUGGAAGACACUGACUAUAUCCGCAAUGCCCUCGUCUUGGAGAAGAGCGAACAUGAUGCAGAGCAAAGCUUCAGAAAGGUCAUCAAGAAGUGUCUGGACUUAAAAUGGACAGUACAAGUAAUGUGGAAAUUCCACAUCCUUAGAAAGAAAUCGAACUAAUUGUUAUGUAAAUUAUCACCAUUUCCACAUAAUUAUUCCCUCACCAUCAGAAAGAGACUGUUAUAUAAUAUGAGCUUUUGUUUUGUUUACAAUGACUUAUACAGGUUCCGCUGCUUCACAGAUUAUACUAAUUUUUAUAUUUAAUUUUAUAAAUCAAAUUUCAAUUUUCAUGAA